CAGUGCUCACCGAGGCCCGUGCGGCUGCGGCGCUUCCUCCGAACUUUGAUCUCCGCGGCGCACGGUCACCCGCGUUUCUUCAGAACUCUCCCCACGCUCACUGCUCAUCCGGUGUCAAGUUUCUUUUCUUUUUCUCCUUUUCGCCAGCAAAUCUCCUCCCCCUUGACUUUCCGCUUCACGUGUAGCUGGAUCCGUAGCUGCUUCAUUCCUAGGAAGAUCAAUUGGCAUCAUCUUUUGGGGGCGGACUAUUAACUGGCCUUGCUCAUUACUAUGGACAGUGCUAUCACCCUGUGGCAGUUCCUCCUUCAGCUCCUACAGGAGCCUCAGAACAAGCACAUGAUCUGCUGGACCUCUGACAAUGGGGAGUUCAAGCUUUUGCAGGCAGAAGAGGUGGCUCGGCUCUGGGGAAUUCGAAAGAACAAGCCUAAUAUGAAUUACGACAAACUCAGCCGAGCCCUCAGAUACUAUUACGUGAAGAAUAUCAUAAAAAAGGUCAAUGGUCAGAAGUUUGUGUACAAGUUUGUCUCUUACCCAGAGAUUUUGAACAUGGAUCCAAUGAAGGUGGGCAGGACUGAAGGGGAAUGUGAUGCCUUAAGCAUCAGCGAAGUCAGCAGCAGUUCCAGAGACGUGGAGAAUGGAGGGAAAGAGAAACCACUUCAGCCUGGUGCCAAGACCUCUAGCCGCAAUGACUACAUACACUCCGGCUUGUAUUCUUCAUUUACUCUCAACUCUUUGAACUCCUCCAAGAGGAAGCUUCUCAAAUCUAUAAGGAUUGAGAAUCCAGCUGAGAAAUUGGCAGAGAAAAAAUCUCAGGAGCCAACACCAUCUGUCAUUAAAUUUGUAACAACACCUUCCAAAAAGCCCCCAGUUGAACCUGUUGCUGCCACCAUUUCAACCAGCUCAAGUAUUUCUCCAUCUUCAGAAGAAACCAUCCAAGCGUUGGAGACUUUGGCUUCCCCCAAACUGCCUGCCUUGGAAGCCCCAACCUCUGCCUCCAAUGCAGCUGCCGCUUUUACCACCACACCUGUUCCGUCCGUGUCCCCUUCCUUUCAGGAGCCUCCAAGAACACCUUCACCCCCACUGAGUUCCAACCCAGACAUCGACACGGACAUCGAUUCUGUGGCUUCUCAGCCAAUGGAACUGCCAGAGGACUUGUCACUGGAGCCUAAAGACCAGGACUCAGCUUUGCCAGAAAAGGACAAAACAAGUAAUUCAUCAAGAUCCAAGAAGCCCAAAGGGUUAGAACUGGCACCCAUCCUGGUGAUCACAGGCAGUGACCCGAGCCCACUGGGAAUACUGAGCCCGUCUCUGCCUACAGCUUCCCUUACGCCAGCGCUCUUUUCACAGACGCCCAUCUUGCUGACUCCCAGCCCCCUGCUCUCCAGUAUCCACUUUUGGAGCACCCUCAGCCCUGUUGCGCCCCUCAGUCCAGCCAGACUGCAAGGUGCUAACACACUUUUCCAGUUUCCUUCAGUCCUGAACAGUCAUGGGCCGUUCACUCUGUCUGGCCUGGAUGGGCCUUCCACCCCCGGCCCGUUUUCUCCAGAUCUACAGAAAACAUAACCUGUGCACUUGGAGAAAGAGAGAACCAAGGAAUAAAGGAACAAAGACACUCAACACGAUUACAUUUGGAGUGAGCGAUGGAUAGUUCCACAAUGCCGAUAAUAGACUGUUGUGAUUUUUGCCAUUCCCAUUGAAAUGCCUUUUUAGGAUUCCCUUCCAAUAAGACUCGAGUUGGACUGUGUUUAAAAUGCCUUAAUUGGAGUCCAGACUCCACCUUCCUCUUUUUCUAAAAAGUAUUUUGAGCUUUGUGCUGAAAGAAAGUUUUGGUGGGGUUUAGCAGCUAGCUCUGUUUUGCAAGAGCAAUUAAGAACCAAAUUAUUACUUCUGCCUUAUUGGGUGAGACCCGUUGGCCAGAAAAAAAUUGUGCUUUGAGUAUAUUACUUAAAGAAAUACUAGUUAAGUAAAAUUGGCCAUAUCUCUAAGACUAAGUAUGCUUUGUUGAAUAACGAAAAGUGAGCUGUGCCUAAGCAGUAGAGGAAAAAGAAUCGUUUCUAUUCACACAGAGGAAGAUUGGAGCAGUACUAUUGGAGUGAUUCUGUUUUUCUGUGUGCUCCAACAUAAGUGUACUCUCAGCCAUAUGUGUGAUCUUGUCUGAACCUGUCAACAGAGCAUGGAGCUGGCCUAUUUCGACACAGGCAGAUUUUUAAACCUGGGGUUUAAAGCAGUGUUUGAACAGCCAGUGCGAAUAUGGGAGCCCAUGUCUAGCCCAGAAGUGUUGGCUGCUCGCUGGGUGUUGUGGUUACACACCCGUGGAAUGCAGCAUGGUAAAGGGUGGCUUUUAGGAGGAGAAGCCCAGGUUUUGAGAUUUUGAGGCAUCUCAGUAAACGAUUCAGUGGAAUGACUUGAAACGACACCCGAGGCUUUCCCCGGUUAGAGGACACCCAGCACGAAGGGCCCUUUCCCUUUUCUGUUCAUUUUACCUCAUUUUCUACUGUAUGUUUAUCUUCCUUUAAGUGCAAGGUUGUGAGAGGUUGUGGUAGUUUUGAAGAUGUAAUUAGGAAGACGAAAAGUGAAAUGAAGCCUCCAAAUGUGCUUAUUUCUUUGAAUUUUUUUCUUUUAAAUUGGGGAGGAGCAGAAUUCAUUUGGAAAUUCUCAGGCAUAGGAAUUAAAUUGUACAUAUUAGUAGUGAAAAAUUUAGGCCUUUGUCUCUACAUUAACCGAAUUUAUAAAAUAUUUACGGUCAUCAGUGUCAGGUGCGGACAGCUUUGUUGAUCCCCUGAAACUGAACUGAUACCAACAUCUCAGUGAAGAAUCUUUUGAAAUCUUGGCUUUAAGGUCCAGGAUUAGGUAGUAUAGGGCCACUACCCUCGCCACCACUCUGUCCAUUAAACCAGUCUUUUAACCCCAGAAAUAGUUCCUGUAAUUCAGUUGCAUGAACUGAAUGGAAUGAGGGAAUAAAGACUUGAGAGCCCUAAGUGACACUGAUACAAACCAGCAUCUUUCAGAUGUGUAAUACUUGAACUGUGUUUACACACAGUGUGGCGGAGCUCUCGUGGAAGACAGCUGUGCUGGUUCAGCAGGCGCGGGGGGGCACGAUGUAUAGGGAGCUGCCUUUGAAUUUGCAGCGUUGAAGACCUGUUACUGCUUCCGCUGUGUUCACAGCUGACAGGUCUGUUCCUGAGACCUGCAAGGUAGUGUUGAAAGGUAGUGGUGUUCAGGAGUGACGCGGAACAGACUUGGCCUUUUUCCCCAUAUUGAAUCAUUUAGUUUGUGUGCCUGUUUGACAUUAAACCUCUCGGCGGCACUUUGGAAUAGUUUUAUUAGGUUGAUUAACAUUUCGCAUAUGAAAUAAUACAUAUUGGUGGAUUGACUUUUAGAUAUUUAAACAUUUUAAAGCACAAAAAAUAUUUUAUCUUUUGGAAUUAAAGGAGAAAACCCAUUGGUUGGUUUUCUCAGAUGAUGUCUUUAAUAAUUAACUGUCUCAGCACGGGGGUGCCUGGGAAGCGAGGACACCAUUAAAACUGAGUCAAAGCAACUUCCUAGGAACCAGUUUUAGUGAAUCCUCCAUCUCUAACCCUAUCCUGGAAGCCCCUAGAGGUGUGGGCCUUUAGGCGGCUGAUGAUGAUCUGCUUUCUCUUUGAGAUCAAUUAAUCUGGGAAGCGUGUGUGUGUGUGUGUGUGUGUACACGUACGCGCGCAUGUGUGUGUGUGCCCUUUUAUAAAUGAAUGUUUACAACCUUAGCUCAAGUGUUUGAGACAGACCGUUCUAUUUGUAAACUACCUCCUUCCUGGAAGUCUCAGCUUCAUAUUUUUUGAACAUCCAUAGAGUUCUUAGCAUCCAAAGGUGACAUACCACUUAAGACCAGUAUUCACUGGAGAGACUUAUAUUUGGUAGCUGUAGCUGGUAUCCAUCACGAGUCACUUUCCCAGGAUGAAUGUUGGUGGGCAAAAGUAGCCUAAGUUAAGAUGGGGGGAGCAGGUUAAAUGAGUUUUUGAGACAUCUGCUGUGAUUAUCUUAGCUUUCCAUCUGCUCUGGUCUAUCCACUCAGUUGUAUGCUGGAAAAUGUUUUCACUGCUAGGCUCUCUGAUGGGGGGAAAAAAGCACUUACAUUGUAUCAUUUGCUGACUCCCAUGAUGAGAAUUACUCCCCAUAUGGCUGAUUUUAAGCUACCACCUUGGGAUUGAGGAGGGAUCUGCACUGCCGCACCCCCAGCCAGCAUCCCACUGUGUAUUUCACUCUGGGGUGGUGGAUUUUCACAUAACUUAUAAAACAUUUUUGUUCAUGUGCUGAUUUUUACAAAUGCAAACUUAAAACCACAUUUCUGACUUCAGUAAUCUUUUUUUCAUGGUUUGUCACAGUGCUUUUGUGAUGUUAGAUUCCUCGUGGCCUAUUUUAUGUAUUCAAACAAAGGUGGAAACAUCCAUUGAUUUUAAAAAUUUUAUGCGUAAUGGAGAAUCCAGAAACUCUCAAAAUGUCAACCUUAAGUUUCUUAGAGUUAAAAUACAGGUUUAAUUUUUCUACUUUUUAUGGUUAAAAAAUAAGUAUAUAAUUCUUUUUCUUCAAAUUUUGAUGGGGACAGUAAGCCCAUGAGCUUCUUGGAAGGGUACUAGAUUUUUUUUUUUUAAACUGGAAGAAUUUCUUAAAGAUUUACAUAUUAUAUUAGAGGUCAAAAAGGCAGGACUGACUAUUGAAUCUACCUACCUGGCACAAUUUCUAGUUUUCGCCAUAUUAAUGUGUCCCUUGGGCUUAGAGAGGAAAAGAAACCAGAAGCUUGGAAUUCUGGGGCUGUAACUGCAGGCUAUUGAUAGCAUUCAGUUUCAGUCGCACCUGGCGUUGUACGAUGUCAGUCUAAUGACAGCCUUUCAUCCUGAUGUCGGAAUUUGUGUUAUGAUUCUCAAAUUCUAAAAGGCAGUUUUUUAUGUUGCUGGUGAAUUUAAGCACAUUAGAGACACUCAUUGGCAUUUCAGAAAAGCAGUCUCCAGCCUUUUUAAACACAUACCUUGAUCAGUAAAAAUCUUUGAACACAAAUUCCCUAUUGCAAAUUCAUACAUGUAUAUGUUAUAUACUGCUAUACUAAAGUAAUAUGUACAUUAUAAGACAUACACAAAAAUAGAAAUAGGAUGGCAUAAAAAGUAAAUCUUGAGACCCUGGCCUGUGUGGUUCAGUUGGUUGGAGAUUUUUUCAUACCCCAAAAGGUGGUGAGUUUGAUUCCUGGUCAGGACACAUACUCAAGUUGUGAGUUCAAGCCCUGGUCGGGGUAGUUCAGGAGGCCACCAACGAUGUUUCUCUCUCACAUUGAUGUUUCUGUUUCCUCUCUCUAAAAUUUUAAAAAAGUAAAUCUUGAGUAGAAAUUCUAGUAUUUCUUCCUGCACCCAAUGGAUUGCCUAGCAAUAUGCACUCCAAUGACCACUGACUCAGGAUGUUGCUUCUCAAUCAAAUUUGAAAAAAAAAAAAAAAAAAGUGGAUGCUUUCAUUGUGAUAUAUGGAGAACUCCUUUACAUAUUUGAGCUGAUUUUCAUGUAAACUCUCUAGUAGAGAUUUGGAAUUUUUCAGGAGAGCUUGUCAUCAACUUUCUGAAAUUUCAUAUUAAUUAUUUUUCAUAAGUUGCCAAGUAACCCAUUACAGAUGUUUUCCAGAGCUUCCUGCAUAUUAUUUUGGACAGCCUGCUAUCUCUUUUAUCUUCGUGUUAGUAUGACUGUCUAAUGCACUUCUGUUUUACUAGUCUGCUUUCAAGCUUCUUUGGCCUUAUUAGUGUUAUAUUUUACCAACAAAUUCAGAAUUAUUUCAAGUUGCUUUAUGUCAAAGUACAUAACCUCCAUUUUAUUGCUGCAUUAGUAAGUUUUAUUUUUCUCUUUUUCUUUGUAACUUUUCAGCAUCUGAAGAAAUACUCUUGAUGGGUCUGUAUCACUUCAUUUACCAUAUACAUUUAAUUAAUCCAUGCCACAAAUCUAGAAUUGUGCUGAGGUUCCCUUUUUAGGUGUGUAAACAGGUGCAGAGACAAAUGCUGGUCUCUUUGUGCAGAAACUGGGGGCUCUGAAGGAUUACCAAAUCAACAGGAAAGUAAAAAAGACUCAUAAUACAGUCUGUUAUCUGGGUGUGACAGAAUAUAUUAUUUCUAAAAAGGAACAAAGAAGUUAAUUAUUUAAUCCAUAAUAGUGAAGUGGAGGUAAACCAUAGUUGUGUUUCUUUAGCAGGUUCUAUGACCAGAUAAUGGGUUCUAUGGAAAGUAUUUUGUGAAGUACCUUCUUGGCUUUGGGUCAGCGAGCGAGUGUUUUGUUACUGGUUUUAACGCUGCUGGCAUAGUCCCAAAUGCGGUGCUGGUGUUAUUCCUCUUAGGUCAUCAGAAUUCUGCUAACUGAAGUCAAUGUUUUAAUCUUAGAAUCUGGAAAUCCUGUGGGUGGCAGUGUGUUAAGCAAGAAAAGAAGGUGGUUUGAUUUCAUUUCUCAUACUUGGUGGAACCUGUUAGUAUAAAAGUCAUGUUUUGACCUGUAAACAGAGUUGAUCUGAAGGGUGAGUUGUUGAUGGAGUAUAAAUGUUCCAUUUGACGCUGCCAGUUCCUUCAAGCUACUUUUCUGAGGAAAAAAAAAAUUGCAGUAGAUUGACAGCCUGCCAGAAUAUAGCAUUUUCUUGGGUGCUGCCAUUCACACUUAGCCAUUGUGGAAGAUGGAAUCCAGAGUGGUCUGAGGAAGAGGGGAAGUGUUGGCUGUAAGCUCUCUACAGAAACCAGGAAAUUCAAACUGUCGUUAACAUUUCAAAUGAAACCCUUAACACGAAAAUUCAUGAGGGAUACUGUCAAACGUAGUAAAUCUCUUGAACUUUAGUCUUUUGAGUAUAAUAGACAUCAGGAAAUUUUAUGAGGUUUAAAAUUUUAUUUUUAAAUAUUUAAUUAGGAGACUAGAGCACUUCUUUCCAAGUAUUGUGAUUUAUUGGCUGAGUAUGUGUGUGUGUGUGUAUAUUGAUGUGUUGACUGUGUGUGGGUGUAUAAAUACAUCUGUUUUUCAGAGGGAACAUGUAUUAUUCAUCGUCUAGGAUGGCUCCUAGACUAUUUUAUACUAAAAUUUUUUAGAAAUUGGCGCACUUUGCAAUUGCCACUUUUUAAAAAUUAAUGCCUUGCACAUUUCAGUUUUUAAAAUGCAUAGAAUCAUAGGCCUUAAAGACUAAUUGCUUGCCAAAAGUUUAGAACUACAGCGCUAUAUGUGACAUAUGCUAAAGUCACCUUAAACUGUUCUUUUAAUUUCAUGUAUUAUUGAGCAAAUAAGUAUGUCCUUUCUUAAAAUUUCCACGUUUACUUGUGCUUUUGUGUAAAACCCUUAUUACAUUGGGUUCUAAGGUUCUCCGAGGGGAGGUUUAUGCCAUAUUUCUGAAAUACUGAUUUGACCAUGGAUUGAUAAAAUAGUGGAGGAAUUCUGACAUUGUAGCCUAAUUUAUCCUCUUAAACUGUGCAUAAUAAGUGUUAGCAGAAACCUCAGAGUAUCUUGGGCUGAAUGUUCUCAACUUUGCCUUGUUUUCCAUCUCAUAAGGGUCCCUUCUAAGGAUUAUGAGCCAUGCUAGGACAGGCCUGGGGUCUUCUGGACGGGGUCGGGGUGGGUAUCCUGUGCCUGGGCCAGAGAUCUAGUUCUAGCCAAUGAAAUUACUGCUACAGUAUGCCUAGAGUUCAGGGAUGGGAAUGCCAUAGAUUGGUAUUAAAUCACUUGGCACUGUUUGGGCACCAUUAUUAGCACUGUUUUGUUUUUAAUAACUGGAAGCACUUACUGAUUAUUUUGUUUAAUUUCAACUUAUGGAUAUUGAGGGUCAGGGAAGUAAGGUUUUAUUUCUCAUUUAUGUUUUCUGGAACUUAAGACUGUUUGGAGGAGGGAUAAAUGGAUUACCUAAUGAGCAUUGUUCUGGGCUCUGUAAGGUAUGCUUUGGGGGCUAGGAUGUUUUAAAUAAUUUACAAGCUUUUAAUCUGCUUUGUAGAAAUGUAUGACUUUUAAUGAUUUGCAAUUGAUAGAUUAUACUCAACUUUGUAAACUGUCCGAUUUUAAGUUUCUUUUCUGUUUUACCAUUAUUGCUCAAUGUCUGUUAUGUAGGGGACACCGUUUCUUUUAAGACAUUUCAUAUUUUUUGUUUUUGAGGGCAGCAGUACCAGUGGCCUUUGUGCGUGCAUUACAUUCAUUGCUUAUGUGUUAAGUAGCAUAUUUGGUGAACUUCCCUGCUCAGUAUCAGUGAAAUUAAGAUGCCUAUAUGUAAAGAUAGAAAUCAAUAUAAUUACUUUUUGAUUACUUGAGUCCUGUUUAUUCAGUUUGGCCAUUCAGUCUUCUCUGAUUGUAGUCAUAUCUGUUUCUUCGUUUUGCCUUCCAGCAGUUUCAUUCCCCUUUGUAGGUAGGGAAGAUGACGAGUAAAACUCAGUCCAGUCAUUUUGCCACUGGUUAGCUUUGCUUUGAGGAGAUAAAAUUUUUGACUAAAAUUAAUUUUUUUAAAUUAGGCCUUUUAGUCACCAAAUAAUCAAACUAGCUAAAAAUAAAAAAGUGUUUAACUUUGUAUUUUGAAGAACAAACAAUUCUUUAAAAAUUUUUAUUGAUUUUUUUUUAGAGAGAGAGGAAGGAAGAGAG